AUGGCACGAAUCUCAGAUCUCGUUCAAGAUUCUAAGCUAGAAACCUAUUUCCUUCCGGACUGUAGUGUGGAAACGGUCCAUAGGUUCCAAGAAUCAGACCCAGCCUCUCGACAGCGCCUUGUGACCAGAUCAGAGCAUUGGCGGCGGCAAAAAAGGAUCGGAGGUGGUGGGUUCGGUACCGUCUGGCUAGAGAAAUGUAUCAAAGGCGGGCGGCCAGGCGCCACACCUCAAGAUGGUGCAGUUCGAGCAGUCAAGCAGAUCGAUAUAGAUACGCGACUAGGGUCGAUCGAGUACAAUCGUGAGUUGGAGGCAAUUGCUAAGUUCUCGCACUCUCGUUAUGAACGAUGCUUUGUUAAGUCAUUCGGAUGGUACGAAGGGCCCAGCCAGCUCUUCAUAACAAUGGAAUACUUCGAAAAUGGCGACCUUUUCGCGUAUCUAUAUCAAAAACCGCCACUUCCAGAGGCUGAGGCGAAGGAUAUUACAUACCAGAUUCUCGAUGGCCUGAGUAUGAUGCAUGAAAAUGGUUUUGCUCACCGAGACUUGAAACCACAUAAUAUCCUUAUCAAAUCACACCCUCCUGAAGAAUGGUGGAUCAAGCUUGCAGACUUUGGUAUCACUAAACGUAUCGAAGAAAGUUAUGGGCAAUCGACGACGCUAAAGGGUACCCCAAGAUAUCUUGCCCCUGAGAUUUGGGGAUUUGUUGAGCGAGGCAGUGCGUAUGCCACGGAUAUCUGGGCUCUUGGGGAGAUUUUAUUCGAGAUCAUCACCAAGAAACCCGCGUUUGGGACUCCAGCAUCGCUUGCAAGCUACAAAACUCAGCAACACUUCCCCGUCACGAUGCUUACUAAUGCUGAUAUCAGUCAAGCGGGCGUCGACUUUGUGCUUUCACUAAUGCGUCCUUAUCCCAGUCAUCGAAUAACAGCUACAUCUGCAAUGUCACACGUGUGGAUACAAUCGCUGCUGCCGUACUCCUAUGAGUCUAUGACAGCCAUUCAAGACGAGCCACGAAUUCCCUCUCCAGUCGCAAUAUUGACAAAUGAGUUUGCAUCAUGGACUACAAAAAAUUCCUCAGAAGCGCCAAAGGCUACUUAUCGCGAAAUACCUAGGUCAACAACCACAUCAGAUCUAGUAAACGCUACCCAAGGAAAUACCAGUAUGGCACAGGAAAGGAAGUCAUAUUCUUCUCUAGGGACUACAAUACCACACUUUAUGCAAGGCCAAGUCGGGGCCCUUGAGCUUAGCCCCACAGAACUCGGAAGUGAAAAUCAGACUGGUCGCUCGCUCUAUCGCCAGAAACGAUACAAAGAGGCAGAGACUAUGUUUCAACAACCUUUUCAAGGACGAGAGGUGCUAGGCCAUGGCCAUGAAGAUAUACUCAGUUCAGCAUACCGGAAUGGUCGCUCACUCUAUGAUCAGGAACGCUACGAAGAGGCAGAGAUACUUUUUCGAGACGUUUUUCAAGGGCAAGAGAAGACACUAGGUUAUGAUCAUGAAGCAACACUCAAAUCUGCAUACUGGCUUGGCUGUUCACUCUAUGGCCAGAAGAGGUAUCAAGAGGCAGAAACCAUGUUUCGGCAAGCUUCUCGAGGACGAGAGAAGGUGCUAGGCCAUAACCAUGAAGACACACUCAAUUCUGUAUACCUGCAUGGUUGCUCACUCCUUUCUCAGAAUCGGUACAAAGAGGCAGAAACUAUGUUUCGACAAGCUUUUCAAGGACGGGUGAAGGUGCUAGGCCCUGAUCAUGAAGCGACACUGCAUUCUGCACACUGGCAUGGUUACUCGCUCUAUCGCCAGAAACGGUACAAAGAGGCAGAGGCUAUGUUUCGACAAGCUUUUCAAGGACGAGAGAAGGUGCUAGGCCAUAACCAUGCCGACACACUCAAUUCUUCAUACCUGCUUGGUCGCUCACUUUAUGAGCAGGAACGCUACGAAGAGGCAGGAAUAAUGUUUCGAGAAGUUUUUCAAGGGCAAGAGAAGGUUCUAGGUUAUGAUCAUGAAGGAACACUCCAUUCUGCACACUGGCUCGGCUGCUCGCUCUAUGGCCAGGAUCGGUACAAAGAGGCAGAAACCAUGUUCCGACGAGCUUUUCAAGGACGAGAGCGGGUGCUAGGCCAUGAUCAUGAAGACACACUCAAUUCUGAAUACCUUCUUGGCCGCUCACUCUAUGAUCAGGAUCGGUACGAACAGGCAGCAAACAUGUUUCAGCAAGCUUAUGAAGGACGACAGAGGGUACUAGGGUAUGGUCAUAGAGACACACUCUUAGCUGAUUCCUACCUGUUAAGGGCCCGUCAGCAGGCCCGUGAGCAAGCCCGUCGGCAGACCUCUGCUAUUAGAAAACUUGGUCGGCUUUUUAAAUAA